AGAGAAAGCCAAAUAAAUUCCAAACAGGAAGAGGAAUGUUGUCCAAAGGCAUUCUCACCAUACAAUUAUUUAUCUAAAUAGAGACGCCCCACUUGUGUGGGAACAUGGAAAUAAUCUCCAUUUUCAUUUCUAGACGUGGCCUAUCCCAUCAAGAUGGCAACACAAAACACAAACUGUUGUCGGUUUCUCAAAGUAGUGGUAUUUCCUAUCCAAUGUUUAUAUGGAAGUAACAGUGUGAAGAUACAGCCUAGUGCGAUUGCCAAUCGUAAAAUAAGAUUAGAUUAAAGUAAACAAGUGAAGUUGAGUGAUAGCAAUGGCAAUCUUGGCUAUCACACUGCUAUUGCUUCUUCAAUUAGCCUUGUUUUCGAGUUUGAGAUUAGUGUACGUGAUAUGGUGGAGGCCAAAGAUAACGGUGAAGAAGUUGAGAAAACAAGGCAUACAUGUUCUUUCAUAUAAGUUACCACAUGAAAACGUUAAGUUAACCUCGGAGUCGAAGUCUAAGCCAAUGGAACUCACUCAUGAUAUUGCUCCUCGCCUCGAUCCUUUGCUUCGAGAACUAGCUAUCACCUAUAAGAAGCCAUUUGCUGUUUGUUAUGGCAUGAUUCCUACUGUUAUAGUUUUGGAUCCAAAGCUAAUAAGAGAGAUACUGACAAGGAUAUUCGAUUUUCAAAAGCCAAAAGUAGGUCCAACCAUGAAGUUUUUCUUGAAAGGUCUUGCAAAUAUUGAUGGAGAUAAAUGGGCAAAGCACAGGAAGAUUAUCAAUCCUGCCUUCCACAUAGAGAAGUUGAAGGGGAUGUUCCCAUGUUUUAUGGCAUCUUGUGAAGAAAUGGUUGAGAAAUGGGGCAAGUUGAUAGACUCAGGAUCAGGAGACUCUUCUGAAUUAGAUGUUUUGCCCGAGUUUCAGAACUUAGCAGGUAAUGUUAUAUCAAGAGCUGCUUUUGGCAGCAAUUUAGAAGAAGGCAAGUUGUUAUUCUCUCUCCAAAGAAAACAAGGAGAACUCCUUUUGCAGUCGCUUAUCAAUCUCAAUUCUGUAUGGUCAAGGUUCUUGCCCUCAAAAUUAAACAAACGAAUGAAGCAAAUACACCAAGAAAUUAGAUCCUUGCUCCAAGGGAUAAUUGACAAUCGAGAGAAGGCUGUUCUUUCAGGAAAUGAUGACCAUAAUGAUUUACUCAAUCUGUUACUCAGGUCUAAUUUCAAUGAGAUUUAUCAGAAUAAAAAUAUUGGAAUGUCAAGAGAAGAUGCGAUAGAAGAAUGCAAGCUAUUCUACUUUGCUGGUUCCGAGACCACUGCAAAUUCAUUAACAUGGACUAUGAUUGUAUUGAGCAUGCAUCAGAAUUGGCAGGAAAGAGCUAGGCAAGAGGUUCUGCAACUUGUAGGAAAAAGCAAACCAACUUUCAAUGACUUGAACCACUUGAAGACUGUGAACAUGAUUCUGCUUGAGGUCCUGAGAUUAUACCCACCAACAUCCCUCGUUCGAUCUAUCUAUAAAGAGACUAAACUAGGAGAAUACUAUCUUCCAGCAGGAGUCAGCUUGAAGGUCCCAUUAUACCUUGUCCAGAGGGAUCUUGAACUAUGGGGAGAAGACGCGACAGAGUUCAAUCCUGAAAGAUUUUCUGAUGGGAUUUCGAAGGCAGCAAAGGAUCAAUCUUCUUUCUUUGCUUUCGGUUGGGGGCCAAGAAUAUGCAUUGGACAGAACUUUGCUAUGCUUGAAGCUAAAUUAGCACUAGCUCUGAUUUUGCAACAUUUCUCGUUUGAGCUUUCAUCUACUUACAGACAUGCUCCUGGGGUUGCCAUUACUCUUCAACCUCAGUUUGGCGCGCAAAUUAUCUUGCGCAAAAUCUGAAGCAUUAAUCUUUGUUUCAUCAUUGUUAUAUGCACAAUGUCAUGUAUUUUUUUAAUCAUCUAUGUUAAUUUUUUUUUUUAAUCA